AUUUUCCCUUCCAAAAUGACUUUCCGAGCUCUGGUUUUGUGUCUGGCUUGUGCUGGGCUUGGAAAGGCAAAUGUGGUUCCGCAGGAUAAACACAGAAACGUGAAAGUGGGCGACAGUGUGACUCUCGGCUGUGUCCUGACAGACCCCAAGGAAGUUCUGCAAGUGACGUGGCAAAAGGACUCUGAAAAAUCAGACAAUAAUAUAGCUACGUACAGUAAUGUAAAAGGAUUAAAGGUUCACGAGCCCUAUCAAGGCCGAAUGAAUUUCACAAGUCUGGUACUCAACGAGACAAGCAUCGCUUUUUGGGACACUAGAAUGGAUGAUUCGGGGUGUUACACGUGUAUCUUCAAUACUUACCCUUCUGGCUCCUUCUCAGGACGUACCUGCCUGAGUGUUUUUGGUCUCAAUGCAUCUGUCCAUUACAACAUUUCCGAAGGCCAUUUGAUAGCCAUCUGUAAUGCUGUUGGCCUCCCAGAGCCCACCGUCACCUGGAACAACUUGUUCAAUUCUACUCCUACACAGGAGACGGUCAGGCACACCAGUGGGAUGGUGUCCGUCACCAGUAAACUGGAGAUCUACAACACUCAGAGCAUUGGUGCGCAGGACUUGACCUGCAGAGUAAGCAACACGAAUGAAAAAAUGGAAUUGCCUGUGAAAAUGAAUGAAGAAGAGCGAUCCUUGUUGCCUUGGCUGAUCGUUAUGGGGGUUUUAGCUGUCAUCAUAGUUCUGUUUCUGAUCACGCUGUCCCUCAGGAAGAGGAUAUGCAGGAGAGGCUGA